AUGCUGAAUUUCUCGAUGUUCCUUCUCCUGCCUAGUAUUGUAUGUAUCGAAACGGAAUGUCGCUGUGUUAUUUGGCAUUACGAGUGUGAGUCACCGCUGCUCCGGGUGAUGAGUUGCAGUGAGCAUGAUCUUAUCAUAACAGUGCACUCGAAUGGCGGGAUUGCGUGGCGUGCUUGGAGUGCUGUGGAGGAUGAAAAGGGAAAUACCGCGCUCCACUACGAGCCGCUGCUGAUCGCUGAAACGCAACGGCAAACAGCACAUCAUCGAAUUGUAGCGGCCGCUUUGUGUCCGGUCACUCAGAUUACUGUUGCUCUGCUGUACAACUCUGGUAGCAUUGCGUUGUAUCAGCUGAGUUUUGAAGAAGACAAAAGGUUGGUGCCUUACCGAGCUCGAUAUAUCACCGACAUCAUAUCAGUUGAUGAGAAUCUGCGUUGCUCAGCGAAAGGCAGCUUGAAGUAG